AUGAGCGAGCUAAAUUCCAAAAGUGUCCUCUCUACCAUCGGAGGGGACCCUCGUCCGAUGCAGCAUCUACGUUGGAAACAUGAAGAACCGUUAGAUAUGAAAGUUGAGGUUAAGGAGGAAGAAGAAAAGACUCAUGUGGGGGGUGACCGGCAGACUACGGAGGAGGUUGGGAUGAUUAAACAGGAGGAAUCUCCUAUAGGUAUCAGCACAGGUGAUCCCGAUGUCCAGAAUACCUCGGGGUUGGAUCACAAAGCAGAAGACGAUGACAUCACACAAUGUUCUCCAGGAGAGGACUCCCAUCAUCCAAAGUUACGUCGCCCACCUUCUGGUGUAGAUGGGUCAAUGGAUCCCUCUAAUCCUGAGGAACCUUCUGAGAAGUCGCAUCCGCUUGCCUCCGGUGCUGAUAAAAGACCCGAUCCCUCCAAUCCCAAGGGGUCAUCUUCUGAUCAGUCACCUCCUGGUAUACACGAAGGUGGCAAGACGUUCCAAUGUCACAAAUGUGGUAAAUGGUUUAGAAUGAAGGCCAACCUCGCCAGACAUCAGAGCGUGCACAGAGAAAGACUUCCUCUUUCACGCGAGGAGCUCGACAAACCUAAAGAGCGUCCUUUUGCCUGUCCAGAGUGCGGGAAAAGUUUUGCCCGCAAAGGAAACCUCCUGAAGCACCUGAGGAUUCGUAAAGGCAAGCAUUUUUAUUCUUGUUCUGAGUGUGGGAAAAGUUUCACUCACCACGCAGAACUUCUGAAACAUCAGAGGACUCACACAGGCGAGCGUCCCUUCGUGUGCUCCGAGUGCGGGAAGUGUUUCGCUCUGAAUGGAUCGCUGGUUGCGCACCAGAGAUGUCACACGGGUGAGCGCCCUUUUUCGUGCUCGGAGUGCGGGAAAUGUUUUAGUGGGAGAGGAAACCUGGCUAAGCAUCAGAGAAUCCACACGGGCGAACGCCCUUUCUCUUGUUCAGAGUGCGAGAGAUGUUUCACUCAGAAAGAAGAACUUGUCAGGCACCGGAGAACGCACACGGGCGAGCGUCCUUAUUCGUGCUCCGAGUGCGGGAGAAGUUUCGCACAGAAAGGAAUACUGACGGCCCACGAGAGGCGUCACAAGGGCGAGCGCCCUUAUACAUGUUCAGAGUGCGGGAGAAGUUUCAACCAGAAAGGAAACCUUCUUACACAUGUGAAACGGCACACGGGUGAGCGUCCUUUCCCAUGUUCAGAGUGCAGGAAGUCUUUCGCCCUCAAAUGUGACCUUCUUAGGCACCGCCUUCGAAUGCACAAAGACAAGUAA